CUGGACCUCAGACCUGCCUCCAUGUUUUGAUGUUACUUCCGCAAUCACAACUUAACUCCACUGUUAACCAUCACCAUUUGUUUCCUUUUCCUUCACUACUAUAAAGACCGUUGACCUUUUGCUACGUACAUAAUAUACGCAAGAAAAGAAUAUUCUCCGACACAGUCUUGAGGUUGUUUUCAUAGGCAUCUUCAAAUCUACGUCUCUGUCUUUGUCUCUUCCCUCCCCUCUCUCACUAACAUGGCAAGACACUCUGAACAAUAUAUAUGAAUAUUUUAUCUUGUUCAUCGUGUUCAUCGUAUUCCACAUCCGGGGCACCUUUUCUUUUUUUUUUUCUCUCUUUUCUUUUUUUCUUUCCACUCCGCCCCCUACUGCUAGGGAACUUAUAAUCAAGGCCUUGAAAGUCACGCUUCUGUCUGUCAGGCUGAUUCUUCUUCUAUUUCAUCGGACAGCGUAUGCUGCCUUAUUCUUCCCAUCCUGCCCUUACAAGUCUCUGAAGGAGCCAUACUUUCGCUUGAAAGUGUGACGGGCCUUGAGAAUACACAUACACUUGAAUUUUGAAGCCAAAUCAUCUCAUUUACUUUUCGACAAGUGUUGAUUGGUCUUGGGGGUUUCUGGUCUGCUGUUAACAACUAUAGCAAGCCGAUUCAAAUAUUCUGGUGUAGCUUAUAUUGACGAUACCAGGUGCCGAUUUAUUUUCACCAAGUAACUUAGUCAAACUAGUCACCUCUAAGGAAAACAACAUGGAAGAUGACGAAAUCCCGCUCGACUCUAGUACUGAGGAGUCACAGUCGUCUUCGGAUGUUUCCAUGUCAGACUCUGAUAGAGAAGAUGAGCCUGGCCCGUUAAUAUCCACUGGCAACGAACACAUUCCGACUCGGCAUAUAAUAUCACAUCCAGGAAUCAGAUUCCUCUCUGUUGCUCAUCCAAGUCAAGGCCAUUCCAAGAAACGAAAGACAUCAGAGACAGCAGAUACAACAAGCCAUACAGCCUUGCCUAAAAAGGUGAAGGUAGAAGAGAAAGCCCGUAGUGGACUACUAUAUGAAGAAUUCUGUCCCUCCGAUAGAUCACUGCUCCCUGCGGAGAUUUGGCAUCGCAUUUUUACCUUUACUCCUCCAAGAGCGCUGGGUAAUCUGUUGCGUACUAACAAGCUGUUUAACGUAUAUCUCAACCCCUCCUCUGAGUACCAGUGUACAUAUCCACGCGUGCUGUCACAAACAUCGCUUCCACUACUAGGGCCUGAUGUCAUUUGGCAGUUAUCAAGAAGACGUUUCUGGCAAAGGAUGCCUGCUCCGUUACAGGGGAAGACUGAGCUUGAUAUGUGGCGCCUAGCUUGUGGAAAAACAUGUCAGUUCUGUGACGAGGCAGAUCCACUGCAAUCACGUUCCCGUAGUGGUAUGUCUCAGCCUGUCUGGGCAUUUGGACUCCGAAGCUGUGGGCCCUGCCUUGUAAAGAACACUGUAAAGGAACUUGACUUGCUACUUUCUUCCUCGGUACCAUCCUUGCUCAUGCCUGCUCUGCCUUUUGUGUUGAUCACCAGUGAAAUGAAAAUUGUCUCAGCCGAUUCGCUUCAGAAGGGACUGGUCCAACAAGAUCUACAAGUCACCAAGAUAUAUCUCCCCGAAAAUACGGAAAAGCUCAAAGCGGAAUUUCUCGCGGUCAAGUCUAUGGGUAGUGCAACCAUCGAGGAGUGGCUGAAAGGCCUAGAAGUUCGGGGACGGGAGCUUCUCAACGAUUCGAUGCGAUGGGAUAAGUGGACUUCGACCGGAGGAGUUACCCAGAUGCAAACUCUACUGCCCUCAGAUUGUGUCCCAAACGUAGCUGUUCCAAACAGCAAAGGGUUAAUUUUGAUGGAUAUCUCCUCUUCGACUUCCAGGUCACAUUCGAGUAUGAGCAAUACGGCUGGGCAUAAAUCCUCCAAUCCGAGCCACAUCAGUCCUUCCACAACAGCAUCCCAAUCAAAGCAUAAUUCUACUAUUGCUUUCCAACAAAACAAUUCAGCGAGCCAGGUUCCCCUAUCACAGCACGGCGUCCAGGCUUACCUACCUCGUGCCCGCACUCGUGAAGAGGCACUGAAGCUCAAGGCUGCCCGUCGAGCUGAGAUUGAGCGACGUGCAAUGGGACUUGAUCCACCCUUGCCAGUAGAUGUCCUCGCGCGCAUACCUUCCUUCCAGGCAGCUAUCCAAAUUAUUUCACCUCUCGAUAAUAACGCUUGGGAUUUGCUCAAGCCUCGGUUGCUCUCACAAAGGGCAGAUGCUGAACGAACUGAGCAUGACACUCCCAUUCAGCCUUACAACAUCCCAGAACGACCCGAUGAGGGCCGCAAUACUGAGGAGAGCAGCAUGGCAGCUAAGCAACUCAUAGACAAAACUUGGGAUGAUGUGCAAGCACCACUACGUGCCCGAAUCUCUGCAUAUGCUGAUGAAACGAUCCAUAUUAAUUGGGAUGAUGGGCGAAAAGUUAAUAUGGAAAACAGUGUGCAGUUUGCAGCAGAAGUUCUUCUCUGCAUCCGUAAGAGAUUUUACGAUGAAAUUGCAAAGGAGUCUGCAGAUUUACGCGCUGCUGGCCAAGAAGUAAUCAUGGACCCGCCUGAAGGCCCCUUUACGAAAAAGCUUACCCUUGAAAACAUGAAGUGGCUCUUUGAUGCGAAGAUCAAACCUCAUACUGAGUCAUAUCGAAAGGACCUAUUCUAUUGCAACGGGUGCGAAGGUAACUUCAAAACUUUUGGAUUUGAAGGAGUAAUCCAACAUUAUGCUGCCAAGCAUACAAAUGCCCUCAGUCUUGGUAGUGUUGUUGUGCAUUGGCGGGCUGAGUGGCCGGAGACCCCACCUUUCAGGUCUGAGUCUUGGGGCAACAAGGCCCUAUACUCGCCAACCAUAAUGCCAAAAGGGGCUCAGAAUAGCAUCGGCCACCCUCUCCAAAAGUCGAGUACUCAUUCUUCGACUCUUAACUCAACGCCAUUUCAUCCACCCCCAUACCCAUACUACACGCUGCCUCAGUCCAGUUACGAACACCCAAGGUUCGGACCGAUGAAUAGUUACGGCCUAGGACAACAUGACUAUACCCCCCAAUAUCCUCACCCGUCGCCGUAUACUCCUCAUGGUGCCCAAGGGACUGUCCACCCUGGUCCGCCUAUGCCUUUCUCUCCCGGGUUCCAUCCUGGCCCUCCCACUUAUCCACCUACAGCCGAAGUAUUCAAUAGUUAUAACUCUGACAACAGCCAGGGUAACUCACACUUUAACUCUCAACAGUACUACGGUGGUCCAAUCGGCACUAAAAGUCAAGCUCAACUUGAAUUCUUGGCUAAGACUUCGCGUGAAGUAUGGACAUCCAUGGCUGGACUAAAAGAUCUUCCAGGGUAUAUUAGAGUCUGUGUUGUCGUCCAUCAUGUUGUGCGAAGAUUUCAAUCCAGGUUUUCUGAGACUCCGCUGUUGACAAUAUUCAUUGAUGGCCUCUCAAAUAAUAAGGAAAUGCGCCCCGUUCGCAAUGUCAAUGGUCUCAUGUGCAAAGCCUGCAAUCUUGGUCUUGGUUACGGAACUUCAAUCGAUCCGGAUCGGAAGACGUUUUCUUUGCCACAGCUAGUUAACCAUUUCCAGCGGAGGCACGUAGAGCAGCCGCAAGCGAUAGGCUCUCCAAAUCUUGACUGGACCCGGGAUAUGGUGCAUACACCAGAUCUAUCCGUGCUGUUUAGACUCCAUCGCCUAACGAACAUUGAUAGUCGAAGGCAAUCACUGAUCUCUGAUGCUUUCCCUGCCAUAGGGUACCAUAGUUAUCCUCAAGAAAGCUCUAACAUUCAGAAUACAUUGGUUGACCCGAACGCUCCCCCCCAUACUAAUCAGCUAUCGUCUUAUAGCACGAUGUUUUCACAAGCUAUGCCUCAAAAUAAUCCUUCAUCUCUACAUUCAAUCGAUGAACAUGACAAGACCCUACAUAACAUGCGAGAUUACAUACAAAAUCAUAAACUAGGCGAGGCCCGGAACUCGCGUGCUGCACCUUUAUCAUCCGCGGAGAUAGGGCAAGAAUCUGGCGGGAAAGGGUCUAAAAAGCAAAAGGGCACUUUUACCAAAGGUAGAAAUACAUCCGGCCAGGGAAACCGAAAAGGUGGCAGAACGGCUUCACCGGCUAAAGGAAAACUGCAAGAGCUCGGUGAAGAUCUAGUCACAGAAGAAGAGCGGCGUCAUGGAGAAGAGAUCCAAGCCAUGUGGGCGGCAGAGCGCAAGGAAAGCGCCCGACUUGCAUCCAAAACCCCGUACUUAGUUGGAACGAAAGAAUCUAACGUCUCAGUGGCAAUGUUUAAUACAGAACCUCGGAGGAAUCACUAUACCGAAAUGGCUCAGAUUAAUAGCUCACCAACAUUCUCGACUCAAAUUACAGACCAUCAUCAGCUUGUAACUGACCAGGAUACUAUGGAAGACUUGUUUUCUGGUUUGGAGUCUCAACUCGAUCGGCAACACGUAUCUUAUCAACAUUCGGGCCAUCAAUCUAGACACAUUGAUGAUGUCAGCCAUGAGGGAAAGCCGUCUUCAGGGAGAUAUGUGGAGAAUCCACAGGAUGCCUAUCUUAAUCACAGGCAUCCUUAUGAUCAAUAUAGAGAACGCAGCCCCGUUUCUGGUCCUGUUAGCCUAGUUGAUGGCGAUAUUCGGGCCCCAGCACCGCGAGAUGAUAUGUCAUAUGAACACCCCCGCCGGGGAUAUUACGACGCGUAUACGGAUGAUGCCCGUGUACGCCAUGCCACCUCCCAGUAUUCUGAAGCAUAUGAAGUUGUCCGGAUGCGGGAUUCCAGAGGCGAGUAUUUUAUUCGGCAACCGAUCGAGCUUAUGCGAGAGUCUCCCCCCCUCGUCUUCCAAGAUGGACACACUUCCCAUCGAGAUGUUAUAUUCCCGCAAAGGGUAUACGAAAAUGAUGCACAUUUCAACAACCGAUCACGAUAUGAAUACAUUUCCAGAACGGAGACUGCCUUGCAGCAGCCCACUGCUAGGACCGGAACUCUGCCAGAGGGCGUAUCGAGACGCUCCUUUUAUGAAUCGGCUCCAAUGAACGACGCUUCUCUUUAUGAAGAUUAUGAUCCAAGAUUUCCAGUUGCGCCCCCUUUCCCGGAUACAUCCAGGCAGGCCCGAUACUAAGGUCAUGAUUAAAAAUGGUGUCAAAUGAGAGCCGGAAGUGAUGGGUAUUUUCCUUUUGGGGGUUUCUUGUUUUAGGUGAAUCAUCGUAACCGACAGACACAUAAUCGGAUGGAUACCCUGAUGUGUAGGUAGUUACUGUAUUUAAUAAGACGGUUUAAAUACGAAUACCCUCAUCCCUCA